AUGAACUACUCAUCGCUCAAGAAAAACCUCAUCAUUAAGUUUAGUAACUGUGGGAGUAGGUCCCAAAAUGAGGAAGCCAAAGGGGCCAUAGGCUCCGCUGCAAGGAGAAGAACGAUGCAAGAGCUUUCGGGGGGCAGUGCACAGAGGGGAGCAACCAACCGAUGGGAGGUGGCAAAUGAUGUGGUAGAUGAACCAGGUGGCGGCGCGAGGAAAAAAAAAAAAAUGGACGUUUUGCUCGAGAUAGACGAUAUAUUGAAGGAGCACGCCCCUGUGGGGGAGGAGAGCGUUGCAGGAGGCAGGAAGAAGGGGGCGCCACACAAGAGUGGGGCAGUUGGCAACGCGGGUCUAGGACAGGCGCCUCCGGCGAAGGAACCGUCUUUGGCAUCGUCGCUAGUAACCUCAUUAGCGGCGCCGUCUGCACCUGCUGUGACAGGCGCUGCUCCAUCGCAGGGAGGGGUGGCGAAAAGCGAGAAGAAAGCGCCGAGCAGUGGGCCAGAGGGAGCUUUUAAGAAAAAGCUAGAUAUCGUGGAGGCGAGCUUCAGCGUGGUGGACAAGUGGUGCACGCACAUCGAGCUGAUUGACUUUGUGAGGAACAACAUGAAGAGCAACGAGUUUAUCUACGUGCGCAGCCUGCCCGGAGGAGGGUACGAGAAGGCGCCCUGCGGGGGCAAGAAGGAAGAAGGAGUGAUGUCCAUCUCGCUGAGCGGAGUGAUGACGAACGAGAAGAACGAAACGACCUUCUACGAACUGAACGAGUGGAAGAACCACAUAACCCUCCUGAACAGUGCCCUCAGUUUGAAGUUCGUAAGGAAGUUCCCCCUCUACAAAUGCUUUUUCCGCCUCAAAAAUGUUAUUAAGUCUUCCAAGUUUAAGAGGAAGAAAAAAUAUAUAAAGGAGAACCUGCUGUUCCUGAAUGAGCACUUCCUGAGGGGGUUCGUGGAGAUACAGACGAUUUUGGACGAGCUGAGGGAGUACCGACUGGUCGACACCAACAUUAGUAAUAUGAGUUUGGAGCAGUUUAAGGAUUUCCAGGGGGAGUAUUUCCCUAAAUUUGAUAGCUUCAUUAAGGGGAAGCUCAACCACAUUGCCACGGUCAUUUGCGAGCACAGCUUGAAGGCGCUCAACGGGUUUUUGGAGAGGAACGGCAUCGUACAGGGCGGCCGCGGCCCAGGGGGGGGCGGGCCCAUCGUGGCGGCGCGCAGCAAGGGGAGGAGCAGCGUCAGCAGCAAGGGAAGCGGCAACAUCAGCAGCAAGGGCAGCAGCAAGGGCAGCAGCAACGUCAGUGCCACCGCCAAUGCCGCUAGCACCGCCAAUGCCGCGAGCAUCGACGUGUACUACAACCGAAUCGCGCUGAGCAGCUGCUACUGCGUGUACAUUAAGCGGUUCAUACAGCUGUGCCAGUACCUGUGCGACGACACCCUGAGGGGCAUCAUCCUGCAGACGUAUGAGCACUUCCUGGGGCUGCUGAACAACUACUUUGAGGAGGACCAAAAUGGGGGAGAUGGAAAUGACCAGGAGGGGGGGGAUCUACAGAAGAACAGCCGAGUGAGUGGAGAUACGGCCUCUCCGUUUGGCGGGAUGAAUGGAUUGGCCAGUGGAGCGGUCCACUCUCCGUACGGUCAAACGGGGGAACCCGGUGGCACUUGUAGAGCUAUCGAAGCUUCUGUGGAAAGUGUGCGGGGGAGAAGCAGCCCAGGGAAGCUGCGGGACAAGGACGGUACCCCAUACAGGUUAAUCAAAAUAGAAAACAAAGAGGGCCAUGACCAUUUGGAAAGCGCAAACGUAGGGGUUAACAUAAAUACCAUGUACAGCAAAAGCAACAGCGCGGGGAAUAAAACGAAGAAUGAGGUGUGCCUCUUCAGCGUGGUUCUGCACGUGGAAAAAGACCACUUGCGAAUCACGCCGGACUGCGACUUGCUCAUCGACACGCUGAUGCACUGCUUCCACGUGGGCAUUGAAAGUAUUUGCAUGCGCGAGGGGUUCUUCAGCUACUACAAGGUGAGGGAGUUCUUCGCGCGCGAGAUCUUCGUGGACAGCGUGAUUUUCCGGGGCGCGGAGCGGCAUAACGCGGAGGGGCGUAACGCGGAGGGGCAUAACGCAGAGCGGCACCAACCGCCUCUACACGAACCGCCUCUACACCAAGGGUCUCUAGACCAACCGCUGACUGCGCUUCCCCCCUCGGGCUUCGCCUGCGCCAUCGGCGCGGACGAGGCGAUUCGGCAGCUGGACGAGGAGCUGAAGGAAAAAAUGAAAAUCAUGUACCACUCGAUGGUGGAGUCCUGCAGCGAAUUCGAGGAGGUGAUCCAGCUGCACAGCAAGAACGACCAGAUUGAGGUCAACCAGAUAGACGUCAUGAACACGCAGGCCAUUUCGCAGCUCUUUACCUCCUUCAAAGAAUUGGAGAGCAAAGUGAAGAGGAUGAACAAGCACAUACAGAUUCGUCUGUUUAAGGUAGAUAAUGGGCUUCUGAUUGACAGCCUGCUGAGCAACAUCAAGACCAAGUGGAACCACCUCAUCAGUUACCUCCCUUCCUUGAGCAACCAAACCAUUGAGGAGCUCACCAGCAAACUAGAUCAUUCCUUCAAUCUCAUAAACAAAAUCCCAGACAGCAUUGGUAACCUCGUGGAGUAUAUCACUUUCACAAACAAAUUUGCAAAUGACCUCGUGAGCAUAGAGGAGAGCGUAGAGGCUAUCUCCUCUCUCUUUUUACUCUUCAAAAAAUAUUACAUAAGCAUAAGUGGGAACUACACGACGAAGAUCUUUCACAUCAACCAGAAGAUGAAUGCCAUGAAGAGCAUUCUACAUAAGGAGAAGAACUACGAAAUAGAAUUUAGCUCUCUCUUUAGGGAACUAACUCUUGAGAUUGGUCGAGUGGAGCAGAACAUACAGAAGAUUCUUAACAUCGUAAAGGGUAACCUCGUCCAGUUUACCUGCACCUACUCCCUCGAGGAGCUGGAGAGCCUCCUCGAGCGCGUCACGCCCAUAGGGGACAUCCACGAGCAGUACUACCACGCGAGUGUGCUCUCCGGGGCCGCUUCAAGUGGGGAAAAAGAUGCACCCUUUCAGAUUGGCCCCGAUGACGAAAUUAGAGUGCUAGACGAACAGACCAAAAACCGCUGCUACGUAUUCGAGCUGUUGGAAUUUCUAAGAAGAAACAUCCUGGACGUCAAGAGGGACGUAGACAAAUACAUCCUCUACCAGAAGGUUUUGAAGAAGAAGAAAAACGCCUUCGUGAAUUUUAGCUUGCUCCAAAAUAUGUUUGUGAAUAACAGCCUUGCCAUUUACACCUACUACAAGUACCUGUGUUGCAAUGAGAGGCAUCGGGGGGAGAGGAUCUUUCGGCUGGACGUGGAGCGAGUGUCGUCCGAAAUAGGGGCCAUCGACUUGUACUUCAAGCGGAUCAACAAGAACUUCGUGACUGUGGAGUUUUACGAGCGCUGCAGCAGGUUCCAGCGGACUUACGAGGGCGCGCUGCGCGUGCUGCGGCUGCUGGGCGCGGUGCGCGCCAGCCCGGACUACUUCGCGCGCGCGGUGGCCGUGCUCGACGCGGCCAGGGGCGGGGCCGCGCCGGAGGACGUGGCCUGGGUGCGCCUCAGCGGGGUGGAAGUUGGAAGCGUUGAAGUUGGCGGGCUGGAGGGUGGCGCUGCUGACCCUGACGGAGACGCUUCCAACGGAGAUGCUUCCAACGGAGAUGCUUCCAACGGUGAUGCCUCUAACCGCGCCUCUCCCAACCGCGCCGCUUCUAACCCCCCGCUGCCGCGCUCCCUGCCGCGCUCCCAGGAGCGAAUCGAGCUGCGGCAGCUGCUCCACCUGCACUUCGCCAACAGCGUCCCCGCCCUAGAAAACAUCUGCUUCGAGUACGGGAGGGAGAAAAAAAUGAACGAGCAGCUGGAGCGGUUGAAGGCAGGCCUGAAGAAGAACAAACUAGACGUGAGCCUCGUAAACAAAAAGGUGUAUUUCGUGAAUAACGUGGCCGAUCUGCUGCAGAAUUUGAAGGGAACCCUCGCGGAGCUGUUCGUGCUGCAAAACGACUCCUUCAGUAGACACGUGUACCAGGAACUGUAUAAGCUCUCCACGCAGAUUCGAAUGCUCAUCAACAUCUUGGCAAUCAUCCAGAAGAUACAGCCGUGCUAUCUCCAGCUAGCCAAACAUAGAAAUAGCGAGUUGAAGAAGGCCCAAAAAACGGACCAGCUAUCCUCCCUAGUAGCCAAGUACAAGCAGAUGUGCGAAGAUUUUUUUAUUUACCCUCAGAUUAUGAAGCACUUAGAAAAAAACUACCAACUGGACGAAUUUGAAAGAGCGGAAAGGGAGUUAGCGGCCAUUCGAGAAGCGGUGGAGACACACACAUUGCAGAGGAGAAGCGAGUGGUACUCCUUCUUCCUCCUCACAGAUGAUGAGUUUUUGGAGGUCUACUUAAAUUUGAACGAGCUCAAGAGCCUCAACAGAUACGCCCACAAGUUGUUCCCCUAUGUGAAGAAGUUCAUUUUUCAAAAUGAUUCCAUCUGUGGGGUUGUGACUGCGGACAAGGAACGGGUUCUGUUCAGGGAGGAAAUCAAAUUUAAGAAAACAGAAUUUUUGCUAAACGAAAUUAACAACGAAAUUAAGAGUGCCGUGGUGAGGGGCGUCCAGGGGUAUGCUGCUCGGAGGGAGUUCUUGGCUCCUCUUAAGGAAGAUUCCUACCUCUUCUUCUGGAAGAUAAAAAACCUGCAGCAGCUGUUCAUCUUGAUCAAUGUGUAUUUUACGGGCAUCUGGGAGGGCUUCGUCCACGACGUGCAGAAGGGCAAGUACGGCCUCUACCUCCUCGCGGAGAACCUGCGCCGGAUGGGGGAGGAGGCACAACAGAGCCAAAGUCAGGAGGGAGGCGGCCCUGCAAACCGCGCCCAUCCACUGCAGAGCGACAAGGGCUGGGCGAUCACCUUCACCUUCUUCGCGCAGAUGCGAGACAAUUUGCAGGUCUUCCUAAACGAGCAGAGAAGCGGCACGCCAGCGGGAGACACCAGCUACGGCUACCUCGAGCAGGUGAAGCACCACCUAGAUGAAGAAACCUACCGCAUUCGCUUUUUCCACCACAACAUAAAGUACAGGCACGAACUCCUGGGGAAUGAAAAUUACACCAUGGAGAUGCUGCACCACCAGAAAAGUUAUGGGUUCUUUUUCUACAAGUUUGUUCAAAACGGGUUCAUUACACUGCCGUGUAGCAGCAUCUACGCGAUCAGUCACUCAAAGAAUUUUUCCACUCUCCUUGGAUUUCACUACAUCUUAAUUAACAACACGGGGGUGAAGAAGCAGGAGCUGCUCAACUACAUAUCGUGCAGCUUGUGCUCCAACGUGUCUGUCUUCCUCCACCAGGUAGAUGCGUACCGACCGGAGGUUCUAGCCCUACUGAAUGAGCAGCUAGCCAACAUUAGAAACCAUUUCGUCAACAAGAUGAAGGCCAUAAAAAUCAACGGGACAGAAUUCAACCUCAGCAAGAGGAAUCUCAUGUACAUAUCGCUAGCGGAGGAGGCCCUUCCCUUUGCGGGGGGGUACUACUCCCAGGGGCGCUCCCUAAACCGGGGGACCAGACUCCAUUUUUCACUCUCGGUGCACCAGCCGGUUAAGCCCUUUUCGUUGGCGGUCCUCUUCCUCGUCUUCCUCUCCUGCGGACCCGCUCGCGCGCGCGCCCUGGCCUCCGCGACGUAUGCGGCCUUCCAGUAUUUGAAGCAGCAGGAACCUCUGAAGGCGCACCUGGACGAGCGGACGCUCCUCCGCACGGUGAAGAUGGCCAGGAGCGGGCAGAACCCCUGCGAGGAGUACGCCGUGGCGAAGGGAAUCAUACAGCACGUCUCUUCCCUUGUGCCUAAUUCAAAAUGGAGGGAACUAGCCAAAGACGUGUGCCUUCUGUUUAACAUCCCCAAGGAGUGGAGCGACCGGCUGCUCAAGUGGGUCGAGAGAAAAGACGAAGCAGACCAGCAAGAGGUGUUCGCAGUGGAAGAGACCCCCCAAAAGACCUACCUAAAAGACACCUCGUGGGAUAAACAAAUAGGAAACGUAAUAACUCAGCUGAUGGUGGAGAGGAAGAUGACCUUCAUGAAGUACCAAAUAGAGAAGUCCCUGCAACUUUACAGAAUUUUAAAUCACCUCAAAUUUCGCCAAGGUGACGGUGGGAAGUGCGGCCAGAGGCACAUCACUAACGUUUUGCUCGUGGGGGAGAAGUUCGCUGGGAGAAACACCAUCGUCUUUCUCCUGGCCGCUUUGAUUAACCGGUUGGAGGUGGCACAGCAGGGGAGCUACAACCGCUGCACGGUGGAGCGCAUCGACUUGAGUUACUGCGAGGAUGGGGACUGCCUCCGGUUCGUCUUCGGCCGCGGGGGCGCGGCAGGGAACGCAGCAGUAGGAGCGGCGGGGAACGCAGCUGGAGAAACCGCUAAUCGAGGGGAUGACCCCAGUGAAGCCCCCCCUGGGCGCUCUUCACCCCAGGGGGACACCAACAAAUUGGGCAGAAAGACCAAAAGGAGGGCUGGCCCCCCACACGGUGAUGGUGGUGGUGGUGGAAGGAGUAGGAAUGACCCAAAUGAGAGGAGCCACACUAACCAGUGUGAGCAAUGGACUGGAGAAUCCCCUCUGAAGAAGAAAAGAAUACACGUGAGGGUCAUCAAGGUGAGGGACAUCACCUUCGUGGAGAGGAUCGUCAGCCACACGAUGAAGAAGAACCUGCUGAGUCAAAUGGAAAAAGAAGAAGACGACUGCAAUCAUCACUGCUAUGUAUUCUCACCAGAGCGCUUAACCCAAAUGCCUCCCAACCUCAUUGGGAACUACCACCACGUGCAAGUGAGGCACACCGUCCCCUUCCUCCCCUUCAUCACCCAUGCCGUGGAGCGAAUUAAAACUUACAAGUCUGCGAAGAAGAAAAUCGUCAAAGUGUUUGAGGAUCUGUUCAUCGAGGCGUUGAACUUUUUUAGGAAACACAGGAAAUGCGAGGGGAGUGGCUUAUUGGGGGUGGGUGGAAGGAGUGGUGAGAAGAGCGCCCCUGGAGAGGUGGCUCCCCCCGGAGAGGUGAACCCUCCUUCGUUUCUUCCGCAUGGGGGGGAGAAUCACGAUGGGGGAAGCGAUAGUGAUAACACUGGUCGUGGGCGCACAGAGGAUGGCCCCGUACCCGCUGACGGCGCAGGUGCAGCGGACGACGAAUCGGAUGAGGAGGGCGAUGCAGACGUAGCGAGGGAAGACGGCACCAUCCACUUCCUCCACAAGGGAAGGGCCCAAGUGAGCGUCCACGUGAACUCGCUGAUCAACCACUUCGUGCAGUUAGCCAAUUAUUUCAUAACAACUCUUAAGGAGAAAAAGGGAGGGGAAAAAAAAACCCUAGACAAUCACCUGAAUAACAUAAUCACCAUCAGCUUCGUCUACGCCCUUACGUCCUUCAUGGACCAGCAGUUUAGGGCCCAAUUUGAGGGGUUCAUUUUUAAGCACAUCAAUAACAUCUCUAUAAUCCCGAGGAAUACCCCCUUCGUCCAUCUGCACUACAACGCCGAAACGAAUAAGAUCAUGAGGCACGAAAAAACGUUCUCAAAGGAGAGCGUUCUUAUAAGUAAGACGGAUCUAGUGGACAAGGUGUUAUACAUAAAUGAGAACUACUUCCUUUUUGAGGACGCAAACAUUCUAUGCAUGAAGUAUCUCGUAGGAAUUGCCUCCCACCUACGUAUGCCCCUCGUCCUGAUGGGGGGAUCUAACUCUGCUAAGUCCCUGUGCGUUUGUAACCAUCUGAAUUCGGCUGAGCAGAAGAGGGCGGACCUGCACAACUUCACCUUCCGCUUCAACGCGCUCUUUCGCUACAGCCGAAUCGUAAACAAGUUGCGCCGCUCGUUCGACCUCUCCGGGGGGUCCCUGCGCGGCGACGUGACGAUUUUCAUCGACGACGUUAACUGCCUGGCCGGGGGCUCCCGCCUCACCCUGGAGUUUCUCUACGCCCUCGCGGGGAGCAGCGCCUUCUUCGACCGGGAGCUCGCAGCCGAGGUGGCCCUGCCGAGGUGCAGGCUCUUCUGCACCUUCAACAGCGAGCAGGCGAUGCGCACGCAGGAGGACUGCCACGCCUUCGAGAAGAUGCACCGGCACUUCUUCGUGCUCAACGUCGGCGCGAUGGAGGCGCGGGACAUCCACGGCGUCUACUCGAGCGUCAUCGAGGCGCUCUUCCUGAAAUAUAACUUCUGCGAAGAGGUGAUCACCGAGUGCAACAGCUUCAUCAAGUGCAUCCUGGAGAUAUUCGAAGGCGUCAUGGGGAAGGCCCGGGGGGAGCAAACCACCCUGCACGUGCACACCAGCAGAAUGAAUAACCUCAUCAACCACCUGCUCCUCUACGACAAGGACAUAGCCAAGAGCAUUAAUGAAAUUUUAUUUUUCUUUAAACAGGAUGUGUAUAGAAUCUUCUGCAGCGAUGUCAUUUCGUAUGAGCAGAUGCAGAGGUGCAGACAAAUCAUUGAGCGUUCUUUUGCCACCCGGUUUGGUAAGUACCCCCUGCAGCAAAGUAAUGAAAGCAAUGGGCUCUUUUUAAGUUGGCAAGAAAAUAACCUGACCGUUCAGGCAAAAUCGAAUCUUUGUGAUGACCGAGAGGGGAAAAUAAAUCUGAGCUUCGUGAGUACCUUUUUUGAAGACAAACCGGUUGAACGUUUCUACCACGACGUUGUGAAGAUGGUGUUGAUUAUAAAUUCUUUUCUCCUCUUGAGGAGAAGCAAUGUCGUUUUUUUGAAUGAGCAGGAGGAGUUGCUGCGGAAGGUCGUUUCGAUUUACUGCGCGUUUAAGGAUGACCGGGCCGUCUUUUUGGCGGAUGAGGUGGAUGCGGCUAGGGGGCAGCUGCGCGAGGUUUACGACCGCACGGUGAGGUCCCUCCUGGGGGGGGACAAACCGGUUAGCAGAGCGGAAUUGGGAGAAUCGGUUAGCAGUGCCAAAUUGGGAGCAUCUAACCAUGCUAGCGUGGGAACGACCGGCGGGAGAAACCUCCUGCUGGGCCGCUUCCCCCGCAGCGAGGAGCAGCUGGACCUGAUGGACAACGUGCUGCACAACGGGGACCUCGACGGGCUCUACGAAGAUUUCACCAAUCACUACUACUUAGAGAUUGUGAGCCUAAUCAAGCACAGGCAGGUCUGUAUAGGAGCGAACAUGCAAAACUACAUCGCGCCGAUGCUGCUAAACAGGAACCAUUUCCUCUUUUACACGAGUCACUACCGGGAGUUUCACCAGACGCACUCUUCUCGCUUUGUGCAUCUGUUCAAGUCGUUCAACGUGGUUCACUUGGCUUUCUACACCUUUGAGGAGGGCACCAGUGCGACGUUCACCUUGGAGGGGGGCAACGACCUUCUCUUCAACUUGGAGAGCAACGACUUUCUCUUCAAUUUGGAGGGGAGCAACUUUCUCUUCAACUUGGCGUUGCCGCUGUACAAUUACGUGAAGGGCAGACCCACGUACCGCUUCCCCAGCGAGGCGCAGUGUGGGCUGGUCCCUGCAUCUAACUCAGAUGUGGAGAUUCCCCUAGAAAUUCGCUUCCUCAGUAGAAUUAGCGGAAGUCUGAACGGGUUGCUAGCCAAUCAGGGCGUCUACCACCACCAGUGGGAUCGUCGCUCCUUCCCAGAGGAGUCACCCCGUUGGAGGAACACCACCGCACAGUUCGACGCAGCUACAUUUGUGAAGAAGACACACCAAGUGUACGCCACGCUGAGGAGGCAGGAACUGAACCCGUUGCUGGAGAGGCGGAGCAAAUGCAAAAGGUUGAUCAACCAGUUGGUCGGCCAGAAUGAAGCAACACAAAGAGUAGCCUACCAAAUAAGAGACCAAAUGAGGGAGAAGCAGACGGAGCUAGAUCAAAUGAACAGCCAGCUGGAAGAAUCGCUCAGGGAAUGUAAAGCAAAAAUAGGCAAAGCGAAAAAUGAGUUAAAAAGAAUUACAAGGGAGGACUUCAGUCACUUCAAAGAGGAAAAUGAAAGGAGGUACGGAGGGUUCCUCAAAAUUGUUUUUCUGUACUUUGGGCAGAGGAAUGAUGAAGAGCACAUCAAAAGUUCCUUCCACUUUAGGUUUUUCUUUCGCCAAAUUAAAAACGUAUCCGUCCAUUCUGUCACCAAGAGUCUCAUCCUCAAGUACGAAAACGUCUCUAAUGUGGAGAGGUUCCUCAAUUAUAAGUUCGUUCGAAUAUUGGACGCUUUUAUUGUGUCGAUUAAUGAUUAUGUGAAGCGGAGGGACUCUCACCUGGUGCUACGGAAGGGCGUGACUCAGCUCACUCAGGAUGUGGCUGCCCUGCGGGAGGACUUGCGCAACGCGCUGGCGGGCGCGGCUCCCCCGGAUGUGCGUCCCCUGCUGGAGGACCUCCUCUCAAUUGACCGCUCAACUGAGGAAGAAAUCGAGCGAAGGACGCACACCCUCCUUCCGCUCAAGAGCGUCCUCUUCAUCUACUGCUCCGCCAUGGAGCCGAGGGAGAAAAAAAAGUUCAUCAAAUUGCUGAUGAAGGAGAGGGAGAAGUACCGGGGGAUGCGUCUCGGCGGGGCUGCGGUAGGGCUGACGCCGCAAAAGGGGAAGUUGAACCUGUCUGGGCAGGUUGAUCAGGUUGAGCAGGUUGAUCAGGUUGAGCAGGUUGAGCAGCCCGAGCAGCCCCACUUCCUCCAACCGCAGAUUGGCCUACCCCCCUGGGGUGACCUCACCCCGCGGGGCGCACUCCGCCCGGAGAACUACCUCCCCCUGGCAUUCAUAAAACAAUACUCGCAGCUACACCUCUGCUGUGACAGCAUGCUCAUGUUCAACUGCCACUUGCUGGACGCUUUGCACGAGAAGGUCAUCAUAUGCAUCGACCCCUUCCACCAAAUGAAGAAGUACCUUCUGCGGAAGUUCCGAAGGGACGAGGAGAAAUACGUCUACGUGAAGGGGCAGUGCGGCUGGGAGAUUCUCGCCGUUGGGGGGGACAGCACCACCGCGGUAAGCGUCAGCGUGGGUCGCGUCAGCUUGAGCCAAUCCACCGCCAGCCACGCCAACCAAGCCGCUGCCAACCACGCGAACCACGCCACUGGCUCCAACAAAGAGGACCAACUGGAGCACAUCAAAGACAAGAUACGAACCUACCGGAGCAGGAACUUUAACAUUUUGUUCAAAAAUAUGGAUGAGGAUAUUUACUCUCUCGUGAAGGAAGGCACACAUGGGUCCGCAUCUGUGUACCUCUUUGCGGACUCUCUGGAAGAGAUAGACUUCGCGAAGGUUGGAGAGGACCACCACGUCAUCGUGUGCCAUUAUAAGAAGAGCAAUCUGCUUAACCUGUUUGGUUACUAUUACGAAAAGGGGGCGGGAGGGCGUCCGGCUGGGGAGUUCCCCGCGGUGCUGAGGGACCAGCGCGAGGAGGAGUCGCUCGGGAUGAUGAAGGAAAGAUACAAGCUGCCCCACUGCAACUUCGCAAAAAUGGUCAAGCUGGCCAGCCAGCUAUCCAACGGAGGGAAGGGCCCAGACAGCGAAGCGUGCGUGAUGAAUUAUUUUUACUUUCACAUCUUAUCAGUCGUGGAUAGCAAACACACCCUGUUGCUAAACUUUUUGCUGAGCGUGUACCUGGAUGUGUAUCACUACAAGUGGGUCAAGUGGAGGGACGUGUUUUUAUUUUUCCGAAGGUACAACAGGGAGGGGGAGAAGCGGGUACUUCGGUCCAUCGGGGAGAAGCGGAAGAGGGAGAGGGAGAUGGAAGCUGCGUCCGGAGAAGGGAACAACCCCCCCCUGGAGCAUCGCCACGAGUCGCUCUCCCCAGGGGAUGGCUCUGUUCGAAAUGUGGACACUUCAUGUAGGAGCAUCUCAAAUGAGGGGGGGUCCCCUUUUCAACGCGAAAAGUGUACCUCUCAGGGAGGGGAAAACAACUUGUGGAAUGAUGAAGAGAACUGGCUGAGUGAUGUGUGGGAUAGUUCCUCCGCCUACACGAGUAGCAUCUGCGAUGAGCACUUUGCCUUGGUGGAUGACGAGUUAGGGGGGGAGCAUCACUCUGGGGAUUGCCCCACGGAGGGAGGACAGUGGGAUGGGGGAAGUGAAUCCUUGGAAGGUCCGCCACACCGGUGGGGGGAAAAAAUGGCCUAUGGGACGAACGAGAAUAGGGAAAGUCAAAUUGUGAGAUGCGUAGACGGAUCGGUGCGGCUGCUUUACGUGGAGAGGAGAGAGCUGCGGGGGGAGUUCCGCGAAGAGGAGGGGCAGGAGCAGCGGCAGGAGCGGCAGGAGCGGCAGGAGCGGCGUGAAGACGGUGGGAAGGAGGCCCCUCUUAAAAAUGCCACAAAUGUCACAAAUGCCAAAGUGAUAAGCGAAGAGACAGCCAAAGGAGCAGCCGCGCAGGCACACCGCCACAUCGAUAGCAGCGAUGGUAGCGACGGCGGCGAUGAGGACGAAUUGGGCCAACCCACCCACAGGGCUGGUGGUGGGGAGGGGGAAGACUCCAUCGAGAGCUACCUACCGGAGCUCCUAGAACUGAGGAGGAGAAACCAGGGCGUCUUCAAAAGGUUAUUAAAACAUAUGAUGAAGAAUAAGAAGACGUGGGAUCGGUACGUUAGAACGACGAGCUCCCAUGUGAUCGAACCCGAAGGUGAAGAUGAAGAUGAAGAUGAAGAGAGUAAAAGGGGAGACACCUUUCCAUUUAAAGACUUUACCAAGCCAGCCAUGCUGUUUUACAGAACUGUAAUUGACAUGAUUAUUAAGAAGAAGGAGUUUGUCCUCUCGGUGAGGAAAUACGUUGAUGUAAAGUUGAGGGGAUUAAUUUACCUGCACAGAGAAUUGGUUAGUAAAAAUUUGUGCCAUUUGGUCGCUUCGCAUAUUGGUGGAAGUUCUGCCUUCAUCAUGGGGGGAGCACAAACAGGUGUGGGAGACACCCCGGGGGAGGUCCCAUCGAAAGGGGAAUCUACAAACCGUGUGACAAGCCAGCGUGAUACCCCCCCCGGUGAACGCUUCAUACAGUGCGUGCAGCGGGGAGAGUACUUUAACUCCCUCCUUAGGGAAAAAAACAAAUUCAUUAUUCUCCUACAGAAGAAUCGAUACAGCUUUGCCAUUUCGACGGUCCUGCUGAGCAGUAACAGUGUGCUCUACGUAGAUUUAAAUAGUACCUCCACCUCCCUGCCGUCCAAGCAGAAUGAUGUGGUCGUGAUGGACGUUGGGGAGGAGGGACACAUCCAAAAGGUAGAGAAAUACAUUAGGAAGAACUCCCAUAAAAUUCAUUUUGUAUAUUACAAUCGCAUGGCUAGUCUCUCUCCUACCCUUAUGCGCAACGGUGUGGUGGUCAACCUAGAUUUUGCACAUCACUCGAGGGAGUACCUGCGUUUCCUCUUCUUCUGCCUUAGCUCCAUGCGUGUUUGCAAUGUACCUGAUGUGGAAGAGCUAAGUGGGGAGGAGGACCACACAGGGGGGGAUACCUCCAGGUGCCUUUUCUUCACCCUGUUGUUCUUCUCCCUGCUGAAUGAGCAGGGUCCCGUGGAGAACCUCAACGUCGACGUGGACCUGCUCAGCGAGAUGGUGGCCACGGUGGAGGCAUUCUGCCAGAAAGAAGCCGUGCAGGGGGGCAGCCAGCAAGAAGCCGCACAUGGGGGCAGCCUAGACGACCUCGCACAGCGAGACCGCCUGGACGACCGCGCAAAGCAAAAGGCGCAACUGAAAAACGCAGAGAAGUGCAGGGACUUCCUCUCGCACCACCUAAGAACCUGUGUGGAAAUUUUAUUCCCCCAGGAGCUCAUACUGACGAAGAACAUGCUGCACUCCUUUGUGUGUAAUCUCUUUUCUAGCAAAAUGAGCAGAAGCACUCCGUCGGUGAUCAGCAACGUGUUGCAAAUGCCGAGUGCCAUCACGACGUUGCAUGGCUUGAUUGAGUAUAUGUGCGAGCACUUCCACUUGACGCAGAAGAUUUUUAAAAAGAAUAAAAGCAUACGUUUGUAUGAGGGGGCACACCUAAUUAGCCUAACGGAGAGAGUGCUCCUUUCCGAGUGCCAGCUGGUUAACAGGGCCCACAGGGGGGACACCUUUCAGUUGAUUCUUCUUUACCUGGAGGAGUUCUCCUGCUUCGUGCCGAUGCGGCAGGCCGUCAACGCCACCUCCACGCUGAAGUACCUGACGGAGGAAUACAACGCCCUGCUGAGCCACAUCAGAAGCAUGAAAGCCGAAAUUAGACACCUCGUCCGAAUGGCGGGAUCGCGCGACCUGGCGAAUGACCCCCUGGGGGAGAUGCAGCUGGAGUUGCUCACCUUCAGGGUGCCGCGCACAUGGGACGCCCUCUCCAGGGGUGAAGGCGACUUGCGCGAAUUCUUUGCGAACAUAAAGAAACGGCUGGGCUACUUGAAAAACCUCAUCCAGACGGAUCAGCGGGGGGGCAGGCACGUCUACGACGUCUCGAUGUUUAGGAACCCCCUGCUCUUCUUUUACUCUGUGUACCUGAGCUACGCGCGGAGCAUGAACGUGCCCGUGAGCAGCCUGAGCGUGUCCUUCAAGUACUGCGACGGGAUUGGCGGGAGCGAGGAGGGCAUCUGGCUGCAGCCCCUGCAAACGUACAAAGGCGAAUUCGUGACGAGCUCCCAGCCCUUCACGCACAGAUACAUCCACAAGAGGAACGGCAUUUUUAUGAAAAUUUGCGAUGAGGAAAAUAGGCGAGGUGCGUGUGCGGAUGGGGGAGAGGAGGGCAGCGAGCUUGGCCACGAAGGUGGUGACGAAGGUGGUAACGAAGCUGGCCUCCAGGAUGACUGCAACGCUGAGGAGGGCACAAAAAAGGACGUGGGGGAUUCUACCCCCCAGGUGGACAGCCAACAUAAAGGGGUUGAUAACCCUAACGGAGGACUCCCCCCAGAAAAAGGAAAAGGCAUUCGCAUCCACAGCACCAGCGAUUACUGGGAAUACACCCACAAGAAGGAAAGCCAAUUUUACUACGACUCUCCCUACAUUUAUAUAAAAAUAAAAAAAAACAAGCAAAGUGAGGCGGCUCAAAAUGGAGGGAAUGAACGAAGUGAUCCCAACUGCGCAUUCAACCAAGAUGCCGAUAAGGGGGGUCUUAAUAAAACUUCAAAUGAUAAACAGAAUGGGGGAGGACUCGAAGGAGAAAGAAGCAACCUCGGCGAUAGCUACGACGAAGGAGGAAUGGAAAAGACCAGUUUGUCUGAUGACUCUGCAGAUAAACUGUAUUGCGCCUUUAGCGCCUUCAAAAAUAAUGACGCCUUCGAUAGGAAUGAGUUUUUAUUUUAUUGCCCCGUCCUGACGUUCAACCCGAGCACAAGGAGGAACGACAAAACGCUGUUCUUCCUGCCCAUCCCGUGCAUAUACAGCAAGACAAUUUACAAGAAGCUCAAAGUGCACAUGUUGCUGUAG